AUGUCAGUGGUGACAGCUGCCCCGCUAUUGGCGCUACUCAAAGAGAAAGACCAAGUUGCUCAGACGUACGCUCUAGAGUCAAUUAAUGGAAUUGUGGACCAACUUUGGUCUGAAGUCUCAAAUGAAAUAUCACAGAUAGAGGCACUCUAUGACGACAAUUCGUUUCAGAGCCGCAAACUUGCUGCUCUAGUGGCGUCCAAAGUUUACUACAACCUUGGUGAGUACGAAUCGGCUGUCAAAUUUGCGCUUGCCGCUGACGAACAUUUCGAUGUGAGCGAGAAGUCCCAGUUUGUGGAAACGAUAGUAUCUCAGAGUAUUGACAUGUACAUGCGCGCUUCAUCGCACAAUUUCGAACAUCCAGAUGACCAACACCCUAUCGAAUUGCAGCUGACCUCAGUUUUCGAAAGAAUGCUGCAGAAGUGUGUAGACUUCGGGGAGUACAGACUUGCUCUGGGAAUUGCUCUGGAAAGCUACAGGCUUGACGUUGUGGAGAAAGUCCUGAAAACACGCGUGUCAGAAGACUCCGACCAAAAUGCGCUCAAACUUAUUACUUAUGUGUUGACCGCCGCGUCUACUACUGUGACAAGUACUCCUUUCAGAACAGGAAUUCUGCAUAAGCUUUUCGAAAUACUGCUGUCUAUGAAGACUCCUGACUAUUUCACUAUUUCUAAGAUUAUUGUCACUCUCAAUGAUUUGAAGCUUGGACGCGUCCUGUUUUCGAAGCUUGCACAAGAGGAGACACCCGAAACUUCUUAUCAAAUUGCCUUUGACUUGGUCUCUUCAGCAUCGCAAGGAUUGCUUGAUGGAUUAGUUUCUUCAAUGGGAGAGGAGAAAUACGACCCGAAGCUUUUGGAAAUCCUUUCCGGUAUACCAACUUGCGACUAUUAUAACACGUUUUUGUUCAGAAACAAAAACAUCGACCUAAGUUUACUUAACAAGACUAAGUCUUCCAUGGAUGGCAAGUUUUCUUUAUUUCAUACUGCGGUUAGUGUCUCGAAUGGGUUCAUGCAUGCGGGUACCACCGACGACUCAUUUAUUAGAUCUAACCUUCCAUGGCUAGGAAAAGCUCAGAACUGGGCCAAAUUCACAGCUACUGCAUCUCUUGGUGUAAUUCACAAAGGAAAUUUAUCGGACGGUAAAAAAAUCAUGGAACCUUAUCUUCCCGGCAGUAGAGCAGCUUCUCGCUACAUCAAAGGUGGUUCCUUAUACGGCUUGGGUCUAAUAUAUGCUGGGUAUGGAAGGGAAAUCAUAGACUACCUCAAGUCUCACGUUAUUGAAAAUAGUUCAUCUGUGGGCGACGAAGAUGUCGACGUCUUAUUGCAUGGUGCUUCUUUGGGUGUCGGUCUGGCAGGCAUGGGGUCGUCCAACACCGAACUAUAUGAGGCCCUAAAGGAAGUCUUAUACAACGACUCCGCCAAUUCUGGUGAGGCUUCUGCUCUGGGCAUGGGUCUUAUUAUGCUUGGUAGCGGUAAUGCUAAUGCCAUUCAAGAUAUGUUUACCUACGCUCAAGAGACUCAGCAUGGAAACAUCUCGCGUGGUUUGGCCAUGGGACUAGCCGUUAUUAGUUACGGCAGAAAGGAGCUGGCAGAUGGCCUCAUAAAUGACCUGUUGGAACACGAAAAUAAUUUGCUGCGUUAUGGUGGUGCUUAUACGAUAGCUCUCGCAUACGCAGGAACCGGUAACAAUAAAGCGGUCAAGAAACUACUACAUGUUGCCGUUUCGGAUUCAAAUGAUGAUGUUAGGAGAGCUGCUGUUAUUGCGCUGGGGUUCGUCUUGAUUCGCGAUUACACCACUGUUCCAAGACUUGUGGAACUACUAGCCGAAUCACAUAAUGCUCACGUUCGUUGCGGUACAGCAUUUGCUCUCGGUAUCUCGUGCGUUGGAAGAGGAUUACAAGCUGCUGUUGAUUUGCUGUUACCCUUGACUAAGGACCCCGUCGACUUUGUUCGUCAAGCUGCUAUGAUCUCUUUGUCACUGGUUCUCAUUCAACAAACGGAAAAGACCAAUAGUAAAGUCAAAGAAAUCAACGAUCUCUUUUUAAAUGUCAUCUCCAAUAAGCACCAAGAAGGCCUUGCCAAAUUCGGUGCUUGUGUUGCUCAAGGCAUAAUGAAUGCAGGUGGCCGGAACGCAACUAUACAGUUGGAAAAUGUCGAGAUGGGAACUUUGGAUACAAAGGCAGUUAUUGGGUUGGCCAUGUUUGCGCAAUUUUGGUACUGGUUCCCAAUGGCGCAUUUUUUGUCACUCUCAUUCACCCCUACUAGCAUCAUUGGUGUGCGUGGGGAAGAUCUAAGCAUUCCAACCUUUCAAUUUAAUUGCCACACAAGACCCGACGUUUUUGACUAUCCUCCAAUGUAUGAGGAAAAUACUGAUAAGAACGUUGAGAAGGUAGCCACCGCUGUCCUGUCGACUACUGCCAAAGCAAAAGCGAGAGCCAAGAAAUCUAAAAAAGAUGGCAAAGAGGUUCCGGAGGAAAAGAUGAAAAAGGAAUCUAAAGCUGAAAUAAAGCCAGAGUCGAAGGAAUUGAGCAAAAAACCAGAGGCCGAUACAAAGGACGAGGCACCUUACAAGAUCAAGUAUGUCAACAAACCUUAUCAAGUUGAAAAUGCUUCCCGUAUUGUUCCUCAACAAUUGAAGUACAUCGCAUUUUCGAAAGAUGAUAGGUUUGUACCUGUACGGAAAUUCAAAGGUAAUAACGGCGUUAUUGUACUGAUUGAUAAGAACCCUGAGGAACCGGUCGAAUUAAUAAGGACUACAAAACAGAAAAAGGAUGUUGACGUGCCAUUGCCAACACCAUUCAAAGUAGAAGAAGAACUUGAGUUCUCAAAGAUCUAG